AUGGCCCUGGAAAAAAUUGAGAGACAGCUGCGUAAGAAAAAUUUGGUGUUGUUCGGAGUUGAGGAAAAAAAGGGUUCAUAUUUUGAUCUGGUAGAUACCGUUUUGGAAAUAAUAAAAGAGUUUAUGAAAAUAACUUGCGAAAAACAAGAAAUAGAGUCUGUUAGAAGAAUAGGAAAAAUUGGUGAGAAAGCAAGACCCGUUAUAAUAUCAUUUACAACAAUGGACCGAAAAAUUGAGGUUUUAAGUAUCAAAAAAGCUCUAAAAAACUCUCCUUACUAUAUCAUGGAAGAUUAUCCUAAGAAAAUAUUAGAAAAACGAAAACAGUUAAAGGAAGACCUGGUGUAG